GCAGCUUUACAGCACAGCUCUCUUCACGACACAGCCAAUCGUUUUUACGACCGUGUUGUCUUCCGCCAUAAAGCACAACGCGUGGACUCGAAGGAAGGUUAAAGUGAACCCUACAAAAAAAAAAAAAAAAACACGCAUCAUGCCGUUCGUGGACCUGCAGUCGCGGCUCGGUAUCAACAUGGACCGCUGGAUUCUGAUGCAGAGCGGAGCGCAGCCCCACAAGAGAGCGGCACGCUGCCACGCCUUUGAGAAGGAGUGGAUUGAAUGUUCCAGCGGCAUCGGACAGACCCGCGCCAAGAAGGAGUGCCAGGUGGAGUUUGAGGACUUCUACGAGUGUCUACACAGGGAAAAGACAAGCGCUAGGCUGUUGGCGAUCCGUAAGCAGCGUGAAAAGAUGAUAAAGGAGGGGUCCUACACACCACCAGCCUGCCACGCGGGCCAGGCAGAGCAGACACCAUGAAGGAACACACAGCUGUCCGCAGUUCGGUUCCUGUGUAUAGUAAAUCAUAUAUCACUAUUUCCUGUUCACCUGUACAAGUUUGCAAAUAAAUGUUAUCAUCUA